AUGUCCAUGCUGUGCUACGGCGGUGUAGAGUGCGGAGAACACGGUGGUGUUUUUAACCCGUUGAAAUUCGAACACACACACGUACGUCAAGGGAGAACAGAUACGGAAAAUGAUCAGAGAUUUCAAUCCGCGAGUCGGCGUUGUCAACACGGAGACCGUGUAGUGUCCGCGAUCAGACCGACUGUGUACGGACGACAAUUUAUUUACCUUGCCGCGUGUUUCACGUUGGAUUCGAAUCCCGAACACCGUACAUUUUCACAAAGUUUUCGCCUUACGGAAACGGUAAAUUAAUGGCUCGUUGGGUUUCGACGUUUUUAAUAAUUAUAUGAAUAGAUACGUCACGUGACCUUCGGUGUACGUUUAUUUUCGAAUAUAAAUAUUCCGGCAAAAUUUAAAAAUUCGUUUUUAUUUAAUAUCAUGUACGCGUUUUUCAAAUGUCUAAAGCAUUAUAUCAACAAAGUGCGUGUGCGCGCGGGUGAAUGAGGAUCGUGUGAUCGUCGCCCUCUGA